AUGGACUCCUCAGAACUGUAUGUCGUGAAGCAACAUUUCAUCCUCGGUGCCUACAAGAUGCUGGUCGAUCUAACACUCCCCGACCCAUCCUCUCCCGACUAUGCACCGACCCUGGUCUACCAGGCCCGCGCGCACAUCGCACUCAACAAGCCACGAGCCGCCGCUGAUUUGGUACCUGCGGACACAGAGGACGUGUCACUGAAGGCUGUCGCCGCUUUAGCGCGCUACGUGGGUGCGAGUGUUUCCGCGGACAAGGAUAGUUCUCUUGAGGAGCUGCGGGAUCUGUGUGUGGAAAUUGAGGGGGAGGACUUGGAUGCGACCGAUAAAGAGAAGGGAAUGGUCCGUAUUCUUGCUGGAACUGCGUUCGCUAUUGCGGGUGAAGUAGAAGAGGCUCUCGAGACGCUUGGUGUCGGGACGACUACAGACAACCUGGAGGCUGUCGCUCUUAUCGUCCAAAUUUACCUAUCCAUCAACCGCCCGGACCUCGCUCGCAAGGAGUUCGAGCGGGCAAAGCGCUGGGCCGAGGAUGACCUACUGAUACAACUCAUAGAGGCUUCGAUAGGCCUCGUCACCGGCAAGGACGGGUACACCGACGCGAACGCGUUUUACACCGAGCAGCUCGCCAAUCCUUCGCUGUCCUCACCGCGCCUGCUGACCGCACGCGGAGUCACGCGGUUGUUGAAGGGCGAGAUAUCUGGUGCGAAGUCAGACUUCGAGGAGGCGGUGUCGCAAUCGGGCGGAGUAGCGGACGCCGAGACGCUGGCUGCUAUGACGGCUGCUGCAGGUUUAGGUGCUUCCAAGUAUGCUGAGGCAGAUCAGCUUUGGAGUCAACUAACUUCGGAAUACCCGAAAUUUCCACUUGUCGUGGACCUCACGGGCAAGGCGGAGCUUUUCGAUGACUUGUGCACGAAGUUCGAAGUACCACCCGUCGCGGCCGCAGCGUAA